AUGGUCGGCUUUGAUAUGCACGGUUUGACCCCAGCCCCAGUCACUCCAUUCACUCUCGAUGGUGCAGUGGACUACGAUGCCAUUCAACGCAUCGGUUCUUGGUUAGGGAGCAUCGACGGUGUCAAGGGCCUUGUUGUUCUCGGUCAUGCUGGUGAGGGAACCUUUCUCACCACCGAGGAACAGGUCUCGGUCAUCAAGGCCUUUGUCAAGUCCGUUGACAACAAAAUCCCCAUCAUUGCCGGUAUCACCAGUGAAGGCACUGAAGUGGCUGCCCUCGAAGCAAAGCGUGCAAAGGAAGCCGGUGCCUCUGCUGGAUUGCUAUAUCCUUCCCACGGCUGGCUGCGCUUUGGAUACCAGCCAGGGGCCCCCCAGGAUCGGUACAGACGCGUCUAUGAAGUCUCCGGUCUUCCCUUGAUCCUCUUCCAGUACCCCGACAACACAAAGGCCACCUACAGUCUGCAGACGAUGCUCGAUAUUGCCGCCCAACCCGGUUGUUUUGCCAUGAAAAACGGUGUUCGCAACAUGCGCCGCUGGGACACAGAAAUCCCCGUCAUCCGCGCCCAACAACCAGACCUCCAGAUUCUCUCUUGCCAUGAUGAGUAUCUCCUGCACACCUCCUUUGAUGUCGAUGGAUUUCUUGUUGGAUACGGUAAUAUCGCACCCGAGCCUUUGAUCGAGCUCAUCAAGGCUGGUAAGGCCAAGGACUAUAAGAGAGCAAGGGAGAUUCAUGACCAGCUUCUACCCGUCACGAAGAGCGUUUAUCACCGUGGAUCUCACAUGGAGGGGACUGUCGCUCUCAAACACGCUCUGGUUGCUCGCGGGAUUCUCACACAUGCAACGGUUCGCCCCCCUCUUCUUCCCCUCGAGAAUGGUGCGGAGCAAGAGAUUCAUGAUGCGAUCGGUGUAGCUGCUCUCGGCAAGGUGGCUUAG